AUGGCAUACGUCGCGCCGGUCCACAAGCCCACGAGCAUCAGGCACGCCCUGCGCAUCCGGUUCCUGUCGCCGGAUAUCGAGGACUUGGUCGUUGCGAAAGCAAACCGACUAGAGAUAUGGCGAGUUCACGAAGAAGGCAUGACGUGCCUCCACACAAAGGUCAUCCACGGCACUAUAGACAUGCUCCAGCGACUGCAACCCAAGGACUCUGCCACAGACCUUCUCUUUAUCGGUACCGACAGGCUGCAAUACUUCAACCUAGCCUGGAACCCCGAAACAAACCAGCUUGAUGCCGUUGAGCAGACAAUAGAGGACACAGCUGAGCCCUAUAUGCGGCAAUCGCAGAGCCAGAACAGGUGUUUGGUUGACCCCACGGGCAAGUUCAUGGCCAUGCAUCUCUGGGAGGGAGUGCUCAACGUCUUCCGCCUUCGGAUACGCAAGGGCUUGACAACGAAGCUUGAAGGGCUCGACCAGGUCCGGUUGACCGAGCUGUGGAUGAAGGCGAGCACGUUCCUAUACAGUCGAACCGGCCACCCGACAAUCGCCUUUCUGUACAAGAACCAACUCGACCGCGAAGAAGCUCGGAUCGCUGUUUACCGGCUAACAGAAGACGACAAGCCCGGCGUUUCGUCCAAGUUUGACCCCCAAAAGAACAGGGACUUUGAAGAAGUCAUUCGUGAUCCUUAUGCAUCGAUGCUCAUACCUGUUCCGGUAUACGAAGAAAAGCGAUACCACGUCCGAAACAAUGAGGGAGCCAGGGCACAUUUGGGUGGCCUCCUUGUGGUUGGCGAGACGCUGCUUACAUACUUUGACAGUCUCACAUAUUCCAGCGUGUGCUCCAGCCUUGCGGAGCCCAAGAUUUACGUUGCCUGGGCCGAGUAUGAUGGUACGCAUUACUUAUUGGCCGAUGACUACGGCCGCUUGGACAUGCUGGAAAUCAAGACCACCAAUGAGUCGACAGGAGUGGUAGUGACAGGCAUGGAAGUCCACCCGUUCGCUUUUGAGGAUUUGAGCCGAUACACGUCAAGAGCAUCCAGUUUGGUUUAUAUGGGAAACAACCUCCUCUUCAUUGGAUCACAUCAUGGCGACUCCCAGUUGUUACGUAUCGACAUCGAAACCCAGCAAAUGACUCUUCUCAAGGUCCUACCGAAUAACGCACCCAUCAUGGACUUUACCAUUAUGGAUCUGGGGAACAGAGAGGGAGACGCACAGGCAGGCAACACCUUUUCAUCCGGGCAGGCGAGGAUCGUGGCUGGCUGUGGAGCUUAUCAAGAUGGAAGUCUGCGCAGCAUCCGCAGUGGUGUUGGCCUAGAAGACCGGGGCCUCCUGGACGAGUUUCCAGGCACCAGAGGUCUUUUCACACUGCGAUCCGUGGACUCAGAAAAAGUCGAUACCGUUGUUGUAUCCACACUUGCUGGAACUCGAGUCCUUCGUUUCGAGCCUGAAAGUAUUGAGGAAGUGUACUCGUUUCAGGGAAUGGACCUCGAAUCGGAAACUCUUCUGGCUGCCAACCUGCCCAACGGUCAGCUAUUGCAAAUAACCCCUCGAGUUGUCACUCUCCUGGAUCCCGAAAGCGGGGCUUCAUUGUGCUCAUGGCAAUCGCCGGAUGGUAAGGUCAUCACGGCGGCGUCUGCCAAUACGAAGUGGGCUUUGUUGUCAAUAGAUGGGUCGUUGUUGGUCUCGCUGAACCUUCUCGACGGCCUCAAGGCAGUAGUACAAGACGCCUCGGAGAAUCCUGUCUCUGGGCAGCCCGAUCAAAUUUCCUGCAUACAUGCGGCUCGCGAUCCGCCAGAUUUUGGCGUCGUGGGAUGGUGGGCUUCCGGUACGAUAUCAGUCGUGGAUCUCGCGACUUUGACGCCACUCCACGGCGAAUCAUUGAGGCAGACAGACGACAGUGCUUCGGUUCCAAGAGACGUGGCGCUGGUUCAGCUACACCCGCCUGACAUGUCCGGCCCCACGUUGCUCGUGGCAUUGGAGGAUGGUAAUGUCAUCAGCUUCAAUGUCUCUCUCAAGGGCUUCUCAAUAUCUGGGAGGAAGACGGUCACGCUGGGAAGCGGUCCAGCUCGUUUGCACGUUCUGCCUCGGCCGGAUGGAAUCUGCAACGUGUUUGCGACUACGGAGCAUGCCAGCUUGAUUUAUAGCUCGGAGGGGCGUAUUGUCUACUCGGCGACGACGGCUGAUGAUGCGACAUUUGUGGCCCCCUUUGACUCGGAAGCCUUCCCGGACUCGAUCGUGCUAUCAACCGAUGAGCACAUUAGGAUCUGCCACGUUGAUAGCGAAAGGCUUACGCACGUCAAAUCACUCCCAAUGCACGAAACGGUCCGUCGCGUAGCGUAUUCGCCAGGCUUGAAGGCCUUUGGCUUGGGAUGCAUAAAGAAGGAGCUAGUGGAAAACGAAGAGGUCGUCACAAGCACCGUCAGGCUGGUAGACGAGAUCAUUUUCCAGGAGCUGGGGCAGCCUUUUGAGCUGAAUGCCUCUGCGUCGUUGGAGCUAGUCGAGUGCGUGAUCCGAGCUGAAUUGCCCGAUAGCAACGGCAACAUGACGGAAAGGUUCUUGGUUGGCACAAGUUUUGUCGCGGAUCCUGGCACAGACGAAGCAGGAGAGACGAGGGGAAGAAUCGUGGUCCUCGGCGUGGACGAAUCGCGACAGCUGUAUCAGAUUGCCUCGCACAAUCUGAAGGGGGUAUGUCGUUGUCUGGCUAUGCUGGAUGACUACAUUGUCGCCGGGCUGAGCAAGACGGUGGUUGUUUACAGCUACGCCCAAGAAACGUCGACGGCCGCCAGCUUAACGAAAGUGGCAUCAUACCGGCCAGCGUCGUUUCCAGUCGACCUGGAUGUUUCUGGAAACAUGAUUGGUGUGGGGGACCUCAUGCAAUCCCUCACGCUCAUCGAGUUCACGCCGCCUCAGGAUGGUAAGAUGGCAAAGCUGGAGGAAAAGGCACGUCAUUAUCAGCAGGCCUGGACUACGUCAGUCUGCGCCCUGGAUGAAACCAGGUGGCUCGAGGCAGAUGCUCAGGGAAAUGUCAUCGUGCUCAGGCAGAGGCAGGAAGCACCUACAGAGCAGGACCGCAGCCAGCUGGAGAUUACCAGCGAGCUCAACAUUGGGGAGCAGAUCAAUCGAAUUCGGAAGCUUCAGGUUGCGCCCGGUGAGAAUGCCGUUGUGGUACCAAAGGCGUUUUUGGGCUCGAUUGAAGGCACGCUGUAUCUGUACGGCGACAUUGCUCCCAAGUACCAGGAUCUGCUGAUGACGUUCCAAUCCCGGUUGCAGGGGUACAUCCAGACACCGGGGAACCUGUCGUUUGACCUUUGGCGGGCUUUCCGGAACCAGGCGAGAGAGGGCGAGAGUCCUUACCGGUUUGUAGACGGCGAGAUGAUUGAGAGGUUCCUAGACCUGGACGAGAGCCAGCAAGAGCUGGUUUGCGAAGGGCUGGGCCCGAACGUCGAGGACAUGCGGAACCUGAUUGAGGAGCUGAGGAGGAUGCAUUGA